CGCCACUGUACCACCAUGUCGCUUGGAUGUCAAAUCGCCCCGGCCUACCACGAAGAGGCUGCUCUGUCUGUUUCCUCGUCGUCGUCGUCGUCUUCUUCUGGCAGCGAUGAGGAGGAUCAGCUCCAGUCCAGCACUGAAGAAGCUAACAUCGAGAAUAUUGAGACCGCGGUGGAUGAUGGUGGCAUCGCGAGACGGCCCACGCAGACAAGGACAAAGAGCUCAAGGUCGGCCAAGACGAUUCAGCCACCGCUCGCCCCAGUUGGGUUCUGGCACUUUGAGAUGAGUGGAGUGCGGUUACACGUGAUAAAACUCUGGGCGAGGACGACUCUGAUCCUGGCAAUCGCCAUUAUGGCAUUUCUCUGUUUAUUCUGGGGUGCUCUGUUUAGGCAAAACGACCUCGCCAAGAAGCUCAGUAUAUAUGUGGUCGACUUUGAUGGCCAGGUGGAACCAUAUCUGACCGACAAACCUUUUGUGGGACCCCUCGUCACAAGAGCAGUGCAACAAAUCCUCGACGGCGAAGGAGCUCAUCCCGGAUACAUCUUCAAGUCCCCCUCUGACUUUGAUAACGACCCUAUGAAAGUGCGAGCAGCAGUCUACGACCAACACGCCUGGGCCGCCGUGAUCAUCAACCCCAACGCCACUACCCUCCUCUACCGCGCUAUUGAGCAAGGUAAUACCUCUUACGAUCCCACCGGCGCCGGACAGAUUGUCUACAAUACCGCCCGCGACCAAAACGUGGCCGGCUCCUACAUCACGCCCUCAACAACUGCCCUCCAAUCUCUCGUCGCCGCCUCAUUUGGCCGCGUAUUCCUCUCCACACUCCUCACCAAUUCCUCCAACACCCUCGCCUCCAUCUCACGCGUCCCCCAAGCCAUCUCCCCUGGUAUCGCCCUGCAACGAUACGACCUACGUCCCUUUGGCCCGCCCAUCGCCACGCCAGCCGUCAGCGUCGGGCUUAUAUACCUUAUUAUCAUCGCUUUCUUCAGCUUCACCUUUUUCCUGCCCAUCCACCUGAAAUACCUUCAGCCAAAGGGGCAUCCCCCACUGCACUUCCACCAACUCAUCAUCUGGCGCUGGACCGCAACCGUUGGCUCCUAUUUCUUCCUCUCCUGCGUAUACUCGCUCGUCUCCCUCGCCUACCUCAUGCCGAUGUCCAACCACCCAGCCUCGCACGUGCAGCCAGCGGUGGAUGCGAACGCGUACGGGAAGGGCACGUUUAUGGUAUAUUGGAUGAUUAACUGGAUCGCUAUGAUUGCGUUUGGGAUCGCGUGCGAAAACAUGGCCAUGAUGCUGGGGACGCCCUGGACGGCGCUGUGGUUGAUCUUUUGGGUGAUAUCGAAUGUCACCACGGGGUUUUAUUCGUUGGUGCUGGCGCCGGGCUUUUAUAGGUGGGGGUAUGCGUGGCCGAUGCAUAAUGUCGUCGAAGCCACCCGCUCCACCCUCUUUGACCUCCACCCACGCAUCGGGCUUAAUGUUGGCAUCCUUCUCACUUGGUGUGCGAUCGACACGGUCCUCUUUCCCUUUUGUUGCUACUACAUGCGGUGGAAAUCGAUCAAGGAGAAGAAGCUGGCGGCACAGCGGGAGGCGCACUGGCAAGAGAAGAUGCGGAAAGAGAAGGAAGAGCCCAGUCUUUUCACCAGAGUCACUACGACUAAGUCGAGGCCGAGGGACUAGACCAAGGCUCUAUAAGCGAACGAAAAAGGAGAACUUUCCUAGGUUGAGGCAAUACCUGAUGGGUCAAAAAAUAGCAUGAUAUGACAUGGAAUGGGAGUUCAAUCGGGCAAUACUAUGCUCUCGUUACACUUGAGUGUCAUUGUAUGAAGUCCUCUAGCAGAUCUGGAUCGGAUCGAGGUGGUUGAUUUUGGGCGAUCUGUACUCUCGCCAGGCCUCAGACACCGCUAUCUAACAGUACACUUGAGGUGCGUGAGGAUAUUUACCUCAGAAUCCGUGAGAUGAAGCAUAUGAGUGCCUUCUUGAACUGUCCUUCACCAGUAUUACUGCGGCAUCGGAUUUGAGACAUACACGCGCAGUAAUCAUAGUACGUGUGUACACCUGAUGGCUGCUGUCUGAAAUGCUCUAGC